UAGGGUGCGGCCAGAGUGGGCGCGACUUGCGAAGCAACGCGGUGCGAAGCGAAGCGAACGCGAUUUUCAACGCGAAAUGAUAGCCAGAGUAAACGCGAAUAAAGCCGAUGAACCGUACGUGCUGUCAAACUGAAUCAAAACAAAAUUUAUGCAGUUUAUUUAAUAUCAUAUAACUAAAUUAUUGCAGAAAUGGAUUCGGAUGAUGAAUAUUUUAUGUCAGACGAAGUUCGGCAGUAUUUUUUCGGAGGAUUUCGUGAAUAUGGCGUUCAUCCUGUGAAUCAAAAGCGGAAUAUUUUCGGUGAAUAUCAUCAUUUGUAUCCUGAUCUUCUGGGUUUUCCGCAAAAGUUUCGCGACUAUACUCGUAUGGAAAUCGAGACAUUUGAAUAUAUUUUAAGUAAAAUACAAGUUCGUCUGACAAAGCAGUGGACAAACUUUGUGAAGCAACCGAUAACACCGCGGGAAAAGCUGAUUAUCACGCUCAGGUACCUUGCAACCGGAAUAUCGUUCAAUGCAUUAUCGUAUACCUUUCGCAUUGGUCGAUCAACUGCAGCUGAAAUCGUAAAGGAAACUUGCCUUGCAGUAUGGGACAAAUUACACGAAUUGCAUAUGCCCCAACCUACCGAGGAGUUGUUCAAAAACGUCGCGAAGGAUUAUUGGGAGAUGUGGAAUUUUCCUAACUGCAUUGGAAGUAUCGAUGGAAAACACAUCCGGAUCAAAAGCCCACCGAACACCGGAACAAUGUUUUUCAAUUACAAGAAGUUUUUUUCGAUUGUGCUUCAAGCAGUUGCUGAUGCUAAAUGCAAAUUCAUCGCAAUAGAAGUUGGCUCGUAUGGUAAGCAAAGUGACGGAGGCAUUUUUAAAUCUUCAACUUUGUUCAAACUCAUGGAAUCCGGGGAAUUGGAUAUUCCUCCUGAUUGCCAUCUCCCUGGGACGAACAUAUCGGUGCCUCAUGUUUUAGUAGCUGAUGAAGCCUAUCCACUUCUACCACACAUUUUGCGGCCAUAUGCUAGAAGAGACUGUAGUCCUGAUGAAGAGUAUUUUAACGCCAGGUUUUCCAGAGCAAGGAAAUCAGUGGAAUGUAGUUUUGGCGCGAUAAAUUCUAAAUGGCGGCUACUCUGGAAACCUAUCGAAACUGAAGUGCAAACAGCGGAAACGAUUACAAAGGCCAUUUGUAUUUUACACAACGUAAUUAUCGACAUGGAAGGAUACGAAGAAGUUAUGAAAGAAGGCGAAGAAUUUCUUGAAAAUGCUGAGAAACCGAAAAAAACAAAUUUCCAUCAUAGUUAUCGCAGAACUGGAAUGCAGGUCCGAGAUAAGUUCCGUGAUUUCAUUUGCAAUAAUAGAUUGUAAAACUAUUUGAAGCGAACUAUAUAAACAGUUAUUGAAAA